GUUGUCGAUCGCGAUCGAAAUUCGCAAUUCUGGAAACCGGAAGAGUCGUCGGCGGAGGGAAAAAUCGUGAGAGAGGAACGACCGCGUGGAUAGAAAAGGGAAUUGGGCACCGAAGGAAGGCUCUAUGAACGUGCAUCCGUACUCACUUGAAGAGUGGAGGUGCCUCGUUGCCACCUCUCGGCAACCGACGCAGAGCGUCCCGUCGAAGACGAGACCCGACUGUCCGCGAAUUCUGGUGAUCGUGACCGAGGAGGCAUCUGUGCCGGGAAAAGUGGCUCAUCAUGUCCGUGCUGGAGGCCGGUGAAGCCGACAGGUCGACGAUGUCGCCGCUGGACGAAGUCGUGUCCCCGACGAGCGUCGAGUCGGAACUGAUGGUCACCGACAUGUUGGACGAGCACGAGACCACGCUGAACGAGCACAGGGACGGCAAGCGCAAGAGAGACACGGACGGCGAGGAGCUGACACCCAGGAAGUUGCCCUCACUCACCAGGAACAACAACGACGUGGGCUUCGUCCUCGAGGAGAGCGCCGACGACGAUCUCCACGAGGACAGAGAUGACGACCGAUUAACUGGUCACGGGGGUAUUUCCUCGCUGGGCGGUGGAAAUUCCUCGCCGUACUCAGGCGCCCAUCACCACGGUCACAGAGGCAAUGGAAACGGCAGCGGGAUGCCCCAUCACGGGGGUGCGUCGUUGCCCACCGCCUCCGACUUUCAACCACCGUACUUCCCGCCCCCGUUCCCCUCGCACCACCAUGCGCCGGCGAGUCCUCAACAUCCGGGCCUCGGCCAGCCGCAACAUCUCGAUUACCUCGUCGGCGAUCCGUACACGCAGACGCUCAACACGUUGCAUCAACAUCACUACAAUCACUUGAGCGCCGCUGUCACGGCUGGCCAGAGGAGCGGCGAUCUCAGGAGGGACGCAGAGGGCAUCCACGUGACGAACAUGCACGCGUCGUUUCCGUACGACGGUGGACGCAGUAGUAGCGGAGGCGGUGGCGGCGGAGGUGGUGGCGGCGGCGGAGGCGGGGGCGGAAGGGGCGUCGAAUACGGCGCUGUUCGCCGUCCUGACGCCCUUCUGCCACCCCCAGGCCUCGACCAAACCGACCUCGUUCUCCACAGCAGCCUCGUAGACGACCCCCAGGUGAGCGACGAUAACACAAACGUAGACGAUGGAGGGUUCAUGAACGACCUGCCUCUCCUAAAAAACAUGAAACCAUCGGACAGGAGCGAGAAGGCGAUGCUGACUGGGAACGCGCAGCCUUCGGACGUGUUCUGUUCGGUUCCAGGACGAUUAUCGUUACUAAGCAGCACCAGCAAGUACAAAGUUACGGUAGCCGAGGUACAAAGACGACUAUCGCCACCGGAAUGCUUAAACGCGAGCCUCCUCGGCGGAGUCUUACGGAGAGCAAAGUCCAAAAACGGCGGACGUCUGCUUAGGGAAAAGUUGGAAAAGAUUGGACUAAAUUUGCCAGCGGGAAGAAGGAAGGCCGCCAAUGUCACGCUCUUAACAUCCUUAGUGGAAGGAGAAGCCAUUCACCUUGCCAGAGACUUCGGCUAUGUCUGCGAAACCGAAUUCCCUGCGAAACAAGUUGCCGAAUACCUCAGUCGGCAGCAUUGUGAACCGCAAGAUUCCUACAGGAGGAAAGAACUUCUUCAUGCCACCAAACAAAUCACCAAAGAGCUGAUGGAUCUUUUGAAUCAAGACAGAUCGCCGCUUUGCAACACACGGCCACAACACAUCCUCGAUCCAAGCAUACAGAGACACCUAACACACUUCUCUCUCAUAUCACACGGAUUCGGAAGUCCUGCAAUUGUAGCCGCUCUUACGGCAAUACAGAAGUUCCUAAGCGAGUCCCUGAAUCACCUUGAGAAGAUGUACCCAGGCAACGGGAGCGGCGUGACAAGUAGUCAGCAGUCGAGCCUCGACACGAAUAAGAGCAAGGACGGCACGUUGAUGAACGACAUGAAGAAGUGACGCCCAGAGGACCCGCCUACCUCGAACGUGGUCACUUCAAUCAGGCACUCCUGGCCGUACAACUGAGCUUUCGCGAGCUUUGCUAAUCGCGAACAGCUUCUGGUGGACCACUGAAACGACACGUAUGUCCGCGCAGCCGCGAGCUCCAUUGUUAUAAUCAAAAAGAAAACGCGAAAAACAGAGAGGAGGUGGAGGAAGAGACGAGGAAGAAGAGGACUGCUGAAGAGGAAACGAGCGCGACAACAACGUGCGGAUAUUCGUGUUCGCUGAGGUUGGCUGGUCGAAAGUGUUCUAGGUAAACGAAUGACGAGAUGUCACGAGAAAUGUGCAAUCGCUGUUAAUCGAUGAAGUCGAACGAGAAGUCAUCGAACAGAGACGGGUCGAGUCGAAGAAUCGACCGAAAAUGGGAUAGACACACGCUACACUUGGUUUCCUCUUGGUUCGGCGAAGAGUGUGCACGGGUCAGUACUCGUGCAUCGCUUCGGAGGAACCUCGAGGUUCCACGACUCGCGGAUCGGUCCGCGAUUACGCGCAUUCACAACGAGAUUGUGCUCGAGCAAAAUUAACAGGAAUAACCGUUUGUUCCUUCACUGCCUGUUCAGUUUUGAGACGCGUCUGUGCCGAUUGGGAAGAAGAGGGAACGUAUCGAUCGAUUCGACGGGAUCGUAUCUUCGUAGCCUGAAUCUCCGCGAUCGUCGUGGUACAGACCCGGAUAGAGUCGAAUCCGUUCGCGUCUUCCCCGUUUUACUUUUCUUCCUGGGUUCUCUCUCGCGUGAGAUCGUCCCGCGAAACGAUUCGAGGAGAUUUACGCGCGUUGCGAUUACUUGUGAUAGAUCUUUAGUGAUAGUCGAAACGUUUGUGCAAUCGUUACGAUUUAAUGAUUCUUAACAUGCGACCAUUCUUACGAAUUUCGCGGUUUACUGGUAGACCACUAUGCGAUGCGACGAUUGAAAGAAUUCUUUGCAAUUAUUGGAAAUGCGAUAUACGAAACUCAGAUUCGAACAACGGACAGAGAUUCGUCUCCAGUUCUCGAGUUAAAAGUCUGUUUUAAAAAGGAGAAAAAAUAGAAGAGAGAAAGAGAGAGAGAGAGAGAGGAAAGAGAAAAGAAUGGAACUGGACUUGAAUGCCUCGGUUGGGUCUGUUGUUACAACUCGCGAAUCGAUCGAUAAUCGAGAGCACACACAGAGAGGUACGACAAGAAAGAAGAGAGCAGUUCACAGCAAUCUUUCAUUUCUUUCCACGUGAUUUUUGAGUCGACUAUUUAUAUUGCUCAAGCAUCGUUAUUCCUUGCUCAUUUACCGAGCGUCCAACAUAGCGCAGUAUCGAUUAUGACGCCGUUACGUAAGCAUUAAUAUUGUCAGCAUAGUGAUAUAUUGCUCUCUAUACCGCGUGCAACUUAUAAUUUAGCGUCUGCGACUGUAAAUCCGCUUGCGAACGUUUUACGGACCACCAUCGUAUCGAAUGACCGAGUCCAUCGCGCGAAGCAACCCGACUCUAUUCGCGCGUGUACAUUCCGUAUGCAACGACCAUCGAAUAUUCACGGUCGUCGCAGCUUUUAAAGCUACAGAUUACUUUAUACCGAACGCGCAUGCACGUGGCGGUUCGUACGAUUUUACGCAAUUCCUUGCAAUCGCUCGCGUUCCUCUUUAUCUUCGGAAGAUAUCGAUUCGUAGGAUAUGUAUGUACGUUUGACUCGGACGAAAUUUCAAAUUGUGGACUCGGUCGUUAAAUUCUGUCGAUACGGUAUCGUCUACCUUUUAUCUCUCGUCCUCUCGUUAGAAUCUCUGCGACAAUAUUCCAUGAGAAUGCGCGAGCAUUCGAUCUCGAUUAUCUCGUGCGAGGCUAGACAAAGGUGUCACGACGAACGAACGAGGAAAUAGGUGAGAAUUCACGCGGUGAGAACGUGCAACAGCCGUCCGAGGCUAAAAAAGUAUUAAUUUAGAGUCGUUAUCUAUUGCGUUAGUAGCCGACCAAGGUUUUAUUUAAAUCAAAAUACGGACACGAAGGGACUGAACGAUCAUUCCCGCGAUUGCCUGUUCGUCACGGUGAUCGCCAAUCGUUAUUCGGUUUCAGCACGAUCACACUGAGUUUUCGAACGAUUUCGUGGUAGUCAAUUAGGAGUUUACGAUACGACAUAGUUUUCUAUACGCGUAUUAAGAGAUACUUUAUUCCACGCUCGAGCCUAAAUCGAGUUCAUCCCGAUUCAUCCACGUAAUAAAAGAUUUUCUUCUCGAAUAGCUAGUUGAGGGUAAUCCCCUGCGAAUUUCGCUCUCCGCGUAUAUUUCCAUUUAGCGAUUCGACCAGCUUACAUGAUUUCACUCGUCAACCAUUUAUGAUCUCUUAACGCGAUGAUCGCUACUUAACGUUGCAAUUCUCAGACGAUGUUUCGAUGCUUCGUCAUUGCGCUCGAUCGAUCCACUUCGCGUACUUGCCGCGUUAUAACGUAACCUUCAUAGAUUCGUAGCAUAAAUUCAGUGUAUUGUUCGCACGGUACGACGCGUAGGUCGAAUAAACGAGUAACGCGCAUUGGAAAGGGCCGUUAGACGCGUAUCAAUCGGCUGUUUGUUUCUAACUUGAGCGUAUCUAAAGAGAACAGUGCUACCAGUAUCACGCUGAUCGCCGCGUUAACACGUCGCGAGGAUCAUCGACGUCAACACCGUUCACCUCGAACGUUGAACCAUCGAAAGCGAGUUACUUAGCGAUUCCUAGCAACGAGUAAACCAUCGGCAAUUCGACUAAUGUAUUUUGCUCCUAGUAGCAACUUCUCUACGAAUUUCGUUUGCGAAACUUCAACAGCGGGACAAGGUUUACGCGCGUGCGAUUGUCGCGGUCGACGAAUCGAGAAAAAGGCGGGAAGAGAGAGAGAGAGAGAGAGAGAGAGAGAGCGAAGAAAACGGAACAAAAGCCUAAGGAUCAUUCCCGAGGAUCAUUUUCAUCGUGCCAAUGCGAAAGUUGCCAUUUGAGAUGUGCCAAUUAACGAUAUCGAGUUUAGAAACGUAAGAACCAGCGACUAGAAGCGAGUAGCCGAAGGUACAGAGAUCGAACGAGCAACGGAAGGUCUCCGUGAAGAGUUUUUAAGAAGCGCGCGCGUUCCGUACUCUCGUUUCGUUUCGUCUCGUCUCGAACUUCCGGCGACUCGAGCGAGAGGAUCGUGCGAGAGGAACGUUCUCGACCGUUCGUUGCGAUCGCGUCGAGGAUGUUCGAUCGUGUGGAGCAAAGAGGGGAAGAGAUCGGGCGAGCAAACGCAGAGUGGAAGCACGAGAAAUUGCGUUGAAGUACAAUACCAGGUGAACCUGAGACAUAUCUAACUUUGUAAUUAAAUCUUAGGCGUAUGUAAAUGUAAGAUUAAGAAACCUGAUCGAACGUCUCGCGUUCCGGGAUAUUAUGUACAGAGUAUUUGAAUCUUUCUUGUGAUAUAAUCGUAAUAUUACUAAGAUAUAAACCGAUAACAAGGCAAGAACGAAAGGAAGUAAGAAAAAAAAAAAAGGAAACACGUAAAAUUACUAUUAUCAUUCCAUGUUUUUUCAUAGAGAUGAGAAGGUACUAGCGUGGUCGCGGAGAGUGUCAGCUCCGUUUUUUCCGUUUAGCGAAGAGACACGCGCCCUCGAAGAUCACUCGAGGUCCAACCAAUGCUAGCUCCGAGUAGUUAGGGACCUCUGGUCCCGACGAAUUUUAUUUCCAACGACGAACGCGUCAUUUUCUCCCCCCUACGACGUUGCCUGCGCCUCGAUCGCGGUUUUCUUCAAAAAUUCAGACAAGAGCAAAGUGCUAACGAAAAGUAGGAAACUCCUUUCCUCGAGAUCCUUCGAGACCAACGCCGUGAGUUUAGUUAGACAAAGGAAACGAAAGAAGACACAGAGAAAAGGGAGAAAGAGUUAGGGAAAAAAGAAAGUGAAAAGAAAACAGAAGAAAAUCCUUGAACCCCCUUAUUUUCAUUCACGACUACUUAGGCGACUCGUUAGACGUAAGGUCCCGUAAAUUAAUACUUAUUUAUAAUCCUUAGAGCGGCCGUAGAAAGACGUUUUUCUACCAGA